AUAAGUGAAAAGAAAGUGAUUUUGAUUCCUUGUUCUUUCUCUUGUGUCUAUUUGUAGGAAGUAAAAUAAAACCGAUCCAAACACAAUGGUGCUAUACCGUAUUUCAUCGCGUAAAUUGCCAGAAGCUCAGAAAUUGAAUGCUUUCUUGGCCCAAUAUGCCCGUUUCUUCACUGCCGAUUCCAGCUUGCGUGAAGUUUUAGCCCAAAAAAUUCCCGCUGAACAGGAACGCGUCAAGAAUUUCAGGAAGCAAUAUGGUUCCUUCAAAAUGGGUGAAACUACCAUCGAUAUGAUGUACGGUGGUAUGCGUGGUAUCAAAGCUUUGGUUACUGAAACCUCCGUCUUAGAUGCUGAUGAAGGUAUCCGUUUCCGCGGCCUUUCCAUUCCCGAAUGCCAAAAGGUAUUGCCCGCUGCUGAGGGUGGUGCUGAACCAUUGCCUGAAGGUCUUUUCUGGCUCUUGAUGACCGGUGAUGUCCCCACCAAGGCUCAAGUCAAGCAAUUGUCCCGCGAAUGGGCUGAACGCGCUGCCUUGCCCCAACAUGUUGUUACUAUGUUGAACAACUUCCCCACCACCUUGCAUCCCAUGUCCCAAUUUUCGGCUGCCAUCACUGCCUUGAACCACGACAGUAAAUUCGCCAAGGCCUACUCAGAGGGUGUCCACAAGUCCAAGUACUGGGAAUACGUCUAUGAAGACAGCAUGGACUUGAUUGCCAAGUUGCCCGUUGUCGCUGCCACCAUCUACUGCAACACCUACCGCAAUGGCAAGGGUUCCAAGACCAUCGAUCCCAAUUUGGAUUGGUCCGCCAACUUCGUCAAGAUGUUGGGCUAUGACGAUCCCCAAUUCACCGAAUUGAUGCGUCUCUACUUGACCAUCCACAGUGACCACGAAGGUGGCAACGUAUCUGCCCACACUGUUCACUUGGUUGGCUCCGCUUUGAGCGAUCCCUACCUCUCCUUCGCCGCCGGUAUGAACGGUUUGGCCGGUCCCCUGCACGGUUUGGCCAACCAAGAAGUCUUGGUUUGGUUGCGCAAAUUGCAAAGAGAAGCCGGUAACAACCCCUCUGAGGAACAACUUAAGGACUACAUCUGGAAGACCCUCAAGUCCGGCCAAGUCGUUCCCGGCUACGGUCAUGCUGUACUCCGCAAAACAGAUCCCCGCUACACCUGCCAACGCGAGUUCGCCCUCAAGCAUCUGCCCAACGAUGAACUCUUCCAAUUGGUUUCCAAGAUCUACAAGGUCGUGCCACCAAUCCUAACUGAAACCGGCAAGGUCAAGAACCCAUGGCCCAAUGUAGAUGCUCACUCCGGUGUCUUGUUGCAAUACUACGGCAUGAAGGAAAUGAACUACUACACUGUCUUGUUCGGCGUCUCCCGUGCUCUCGGUGUGUUGGCCUCCCUCAUCUGGGAUCGUGCUUUGGGCUUGCCCAUCGAACGUCCCAAGUCCUUGUCCACAGACAUGCUCAUGAAGAUGGUUAAGAAGUAAAUUAUUAACAAAUACCGUACACAGUAAUAAAACCAAAAACUAUUUCUAAAACAACAACAACAACAAAAAUAUCCAUCAAGUCCUGGAACUCGUCAAAAUUGUUCGAAAGUAUACACACUGAUUUAGAAUUAUUUUGAUUGUAUUGCUAUGAUGCGUGGAUAUAACUAGAGAAGAAACCACAACAACAACAAAACACAUUUACUUAACGAAUUAAUGAUUAAUUAAUUUUAAUUUAAUUUAAAUAAUACAACAAACAACAAAAAAUAAAAACCCCUAAAAUAAACCAAAA